AUGAAAAGAUCUGGAAUUGACAAGUUUUUCCAUUUUAAACACCUUCCUUUCUCCCUUUCCUUUCCUUUCCAUAUCCUUCACUUCUCUUUCCUUCUCUUCUCUCCUCCCUCCUUUCCUUCUAUUCUCUUUCCUUUCCUUUUUUCUCUUUUCUUUUCCCUCCUUUCUUUUUCUUCUGUUCUCCCGCUUUUCCUUUUCUUCUCUCUCCUUUCCGUCUCUUCUCCCUCCUUCUUCGCUUCUUUUUUCAUUUUUUCUCUUCUCUUCUCUUUCUGUUUCCUUCUCCUCUCCAUCCCCUUCUCUUCUCCUUCUAUUCUCUUUUUCUUCCUUUUCCUUCUCUUCUCUCUUCUCUUUUUCUUCUCUUCUCUUCUCUUUUCCUUCCUUCCUUCUUUCCUUUCCGCCUUCCUUCCUUCCAUUCUUUCUUCCUUCCUUCUUUCAUUUCUUCCUAUCUCCUUUCUUCUUCUUCCUCCAUUUCUCCCUCUCUCCUUCUUUCCUUCUCUCCUCUCUCCCCCUUCCUUCCUUCCUUCCUUCCUUCUCUCCUCUCUCCCCCUUCCUUCCUUCCUUCCUUCCUUCCUUCCUCUCUCUUCCUUCCUUCCUUCCUCCCCUUCCUUCCUUCCUCUCCCCCCUUCCUUCCUUCCUUCCUUCCUUCCUUCCUUCCUUCCUUCCUUCCUUCCUUCCCCUUCCUUCCACUCUCCCUUCUUUCUUCCUUCCUUCCACUCUCUUCUUUCUUCCUUCCUUUCUUCCUUCCACUCUCCUUCCUUCCUUCCUUCCUUCCUUCCCCGCCUUCCUUCCUUACGCAAAAACGGAAUAGUUCAUUAUUUAUGA